UACUCACUGUAGCUGGUGGAUGUUACUGUGUUGUAUUCUUGUUGUCAUUUUCAGAAAGAGGAGCUCCUGCUGCUUUGAAAGUCUGGACUCUGAAUAAGCACAGCCGACAUGGAGAACAGCAAGGUGACCAAGCAGCCAGUGAAGGAGGUGCUCCCCCUGCCUCGCCACCCUUCCCCACUUCCUGUGACCUCUUCCUAUCUGACCCCUGCUGCCACUUCAAAGAAACACACCACAGGCUCCAUGCAGCAUGUGCAGGUGGCGUCCUCAGUGGUGACGUCGUUCAGUCAUCUGAAGCCUCCGGAGAGGGAUCUUACCCUGAUGUCCCACAUGAAGUCUAUUAAGUCUCUGAAGCACGCUGGCUUCACUGCGGUCUUCACUGGACAAACGUUGGUUGAAAAAUCUGAGGAGCUGCUGGAGGAUGUGCCGAUCGUCGACGUGAUCCUGGCUGACAUCGACUCCCUGGUGCCCACUCACGAUGAAGCUGGCCGCCCCAUAGCAGAGUGGAAACGACAGGUGAUGGUGCGACAGCUACAGGUCAGGCUGCAGGAUGAGGAGGAACAGAGGAGACAGGACAUGACUAAUGGCCAUACACCAGUGGAUGGCUGGAAGUUCUCCCAAGCCCACAACGCAGUCUUGGGACCCUUUGGUGAGCUCUUAACAGAGGAUGAUCUGGUGUACCUGCAGCAGCAGAUUGAGACUGUUUCACUGCAGAAGCGCUGCCAGGUGUACGAGCUGGAGCUGACCAGGCUGACCGAGGAGCUGAGGGCCAUUUUACCCAAUCCCAUCAUAAACAUCUCCCUGAACAAAGAGGUCUUACAGAAGAUGGAUGCAGAGGGGAAAAUACACCCGACUUUGCCCGUGUGGUGCAGUCGAGUCACAGAGAUCGUUAAGAGUAUGUCCCUGCUCGUGGCUAAUCUGACACAAACCACAGAAGGAGGGGAGGGGAAGAUUACCUUGAAUGGAUGUAGGAUUCCUCACAUAGGGAUGGCGUCUGCUUUCAGCCACCGUCUGGAGACCAACAGCUACAGCAGAGCCCGGAGGGAGAGGGUGGAGAGGGAGAUCCAGCAGUCGGGGGUGUCGGUCAGAGACCUCAGAUCCAAUUUUGAAGGUCAGAUUGGUGGCAUUUACCCCUUCGCUGGGGUUGUGAAAGGUGGGUUGAACAGCCAGGUGGUGUUUGGAGGUUCAGGAGUAAACAACCAGAACAAAGGCCUCAGCAGCGAGUUGAGCCAUUGUGGUCCUCCUAAAAAACUGAUACCUGUGAUUGAGACUACCAGCUUAAGGAAAGAGCGUAUUGUGGUGCUGUUCCUGAGCCACUGGAAGAAAUCUGCAUACGCUAUUUCAGUGAGAGCAGCGAGGCAGAGACAGGGACAGGAAUCGCUGUCAGGCAGACUGACAGGAGCGUCGCCCCAACAGAAAAUCCCUGCCAUGUUUCAGUUCUGCCAACAAAGAGGCGCUGUGGACAAGAUGCUAAACUCUUGGAGGAGUAAACUAGAACUCAAAGAUGCACAACAGUCCUCUUUGUCCUUUGCACAAUUUCCGCCACCUCGAGUAACUUUCUCCCCGGAGCAGUUCCUGCCAGACGUGGACGGUGUUGCGGUGACCCACGACAGCUUGACCCUCGACCUCUUCAUGCUGGGAUACUUCCACAUUUUAGAGCAGGAGCUGUCGCCCGAGGAGAGGAAGAUGAGGCACCUGCUCUGCUUCGAAGUCUUUGACCACGUUGGCAGUUUCUCCUGGGAGAUGGUGAGGGAAUUCCACAAGGCUGUUCUCCAGGAAAUUCAGGCUGGAAGUCGACAGUGGAGCGACGGCUUCGAGGACAUUAAAGUUCGCUUCUUUGGGGACUCGAGACCAUGCCGCUGUCCCUCACCCUCUUCACUGUUGUCAGAUUCCAGACUCGUACCACAAGUUAUAGUUCAAACUGCAACUCCAGAUGAGUGCGGCGGUGACACAAACUUCUCUUGUUUCAACAACGAAGACAUUUGUAAAUAUAUUGACCGCAGCUUUGCUUUCUGGAAGGAGAAGGAGGCGGAGCUGUUUGAUUUUGAACAUUAACAUUAAGGAUGAAUUUGACAAUUUUUGCACAAAAUGAUAACAUGUUAGUGUGUUUACUUUGGUUAACUGACGGGAGCUGAAUAAAACUCUAUUGAGAAUGCAUUAUUGAUGCAUUAUUAUUGAAAAUGUUAUUGAUAAUUAGUUGUUUACAUCCCAGUACAAGAAAAAACCUCCAAGUAAUGCAUUCAGUCUUCCUAUAUAUCC